AUGGUGAACAUUAAGCUGAAUGUGAGUGCGACCGGCAACACCAACCACAACAACAACAACAGUAUGAUUGUGCUGAACAAUAAAGAAGGCACCGUCGGCCCGACGGCGCCGUCGGUGGGAAUGAACGACGAAAACGCGGCCAGUGCCGGCAACCGGGCCAUCCUCUCGGGACCCGCGAGCCCAAAUCUGCUCCUAUCGCCGGCCAGCAACCCGGGUUCGAACGGAACCGGCCACGGUGCGUCGAUGACAAGUGCUUUCAAGGUGGUGACGCCGAGAGGAAAAGCCGACGGGGCCUCCGCUACCGGGCCGCCUCCGAACGGUUUCUCGCCCCUGCUCUUCAACAACGAUCUGCUGGUCAAUCACUACCGCCGGCUGCUGCAUCCGGUCGCGGCGGCCGUUCCCCGGCUUCCGAACGGUUCCAGUGGCUUCAACGAUGUGCCUGAGCCACCGCUGAAGGUGGCCCAACGAGAUGACAUCAAGUUCGGAGUCAGCCGGUUGGUCAAGAACGAAUCGGAAGACGAGGACAACAACAAUGUUUACCACCACCAUCCGCCACAUCCGCACCACCAUCCGCACCACCACCACCACCACCAGCAUCUGCAGCAGCACUCGACUCUCCACCAGCACGCUAUCGUCGGUGGCCCCAAGCUGUCCACGCUUUCCAAUGGCUACGACUCGAGCGCCCUGAGCAGUCGGUCACGAUCGCGAAGUAGAUCCCGGUCCCGCGAUCGCUCCAUCCGCUCCCGGUCCUCGUCCAUCGAGCUGGAGGUGGACUCACCACCACCGCCUCGAAUCCUGCCCUCGCCGACGACGACGGAAAUUCCGCAUGUUCCGAAAAACUCGGAAGCCUUUUCGAUGUCGGCGCUCCUGAAGCGCGAAGAUGAGCCGAAAUCAAAAUCUCCCCUCUCGAACGGUUCAUUCGAUGCGGUCAGGCCCACCUACAGCCAGUUUUACGAGCAAAGCCUUCUCAACAGGCCCCUGUUUCAUCCGUUUCCCCUGUUUGCGAUGCUCCAGCAGCAAGGCCACCAACUGAACCCGGCGUUGGCAAACUAUCACCCGUCGACACCGGAGGAUAUCCUGCGGUUGCGUCACUUUAUGACGCAAAACGCGGCCGUCGCUAGUGCAGGCACCGGACCGGCUCAUCUGGACUUUAGCCAUCCGCAUCACCCGCACCACCUGCUGAUGCGACCAGAAGCUCACCCUCGAAGGACGCACAACGGAAAGCGGCCGUACGCCUGCGAACUGUGCAACAAGUCGUUCGGACACGAAGUGAGCCUCAAUCAGCAUCGGACGAUGCACAAUGUGGAGAAAGUGUUUGAGUGCAAACAGUGCGGCAAGGCCUUCAAGCGUUCCAGUACGCUGUCGACGCACCUGCUGAUCCACAGCGACACCCGGCCGUAUCCGUGCGGGUUCUGCGGGAAGCGGUUCCACCAGAAGAGCGACAUGAAGAAGCACACCUACAUCCACACGGGCGAAAAGCCUCACAAGUGUCAGGUGUGCGGUAAGGCCUUCAGCCAGAGCUCGAACCUCAUCACGCACUCGCGGAAACACACCGGCUACAAGCCGUUCCAGUGCGAGCUCUGCCACAAAGCAUUCCAGCGCAAGGUGGACCUGCGGCGCCACAAGGAAACGCAGCACACCGAGAUCCGCACAAUGGUCAACUAA